UUCGUGACGUCAAAGACUACAAUCAUCCAUGCGUACAAUUUGAGGAACGAAAAUGGUUAUUUUUCUCCUUGGCUUGCUAAUGAUCUAAAGGAGGUGUUUUAGCUACACAUGCUUCUAUCAACUGGAUGUCAAAAAUGAGUUUAGAAAGUAAGGUGUUUAUACAAUGUUAUUUUUUUUUUAUCCCUUGUAAUGUUCGUGAAUUUGGCUUGCCCUUCAUGGUUCGUUUUCUCACCCAUUAAUGCCUACCCAUGAUGAUGCAAACCUGUCCAAACCUUGCAGGACAAGGAUUUCUGAAAUUCUAGUCUAGUUGCAAUGCUUAUUGAAGCAAUGGGAAAAGUGGGGGAAAAAAAAGAAGUUUUGCUCUCCUAGCAUUGUAGGGUUUGUUUCACAGUUAGUCCAACUGAGAUAUGGCAGUAAAACCAACGGUUGCAUUAAGAGCUAUUCUUGUUGGAGGCAUAGCAGCAUUUGCUAAAAUAGGAGGUGCAAUGAAAGCUGCAGGUGGUGCAAAAUUGGGUGCGGCUGCAGCUGCCAUGACAGCAGCAGCAACUGCAGCUGUGGCAGGGUCAAAACAAGAGCAAAAUGAUGCUUCUCAACAACCUCAAAAAUAAUCAUUUGUAUCUUCUUUUUGCUUUUUACAACUCUUGACAUUGUGUGUUGGUAAGUUUAUGUAGCCUAGUUGGAUAUUCCGAGUGUAAGUGGAAGAAAGAGGCCACAUGGGAAUUAUAUUGUAAUAAGAAUUCAGAGUUCCUGAAGUUUUAGAUGAAGCUAUUAUGGAUUUCAGAGACAGACUAACCACUCUGUGAAUUGGAUUUUGCAAGUCUGAUGUAGAAGUGGGCUUGCUGUGAAGUAAUUUACAGUUUUUGAAUACUGUUGAUAAGUUUAUUUUUAAUGAACAUUGAAGAAAAGGGUUUUGUAUUAGGCUGUACCCUUUUUUUUAAAUAAUA